AUGGAUUACAAUGGGGAAGCCAGGCCGGGGGAUUUCCAUGCCGGCUAUCAAGAAAUCGAAGGGAUAAACUUGGGAUACUUACAGAUCAAUGGCACCCAGAUGUUUGCUUUGGCCCAGGUCCUCAGCGACCUGUUUAAGGAUAUCCCCAGGACCACCAUCAGCAAGAAGAUGGAAACCUUAAAGAUCAAGAGCCGCCGCUGCGAUCUCAAAGAGCUCCGGACCCUCAAAGCCAUCAACUCGGUGCCCACCCGCGCCGUGAAGUGCUCCCUCAUCUCCAAGGCGGACCUGGAGGCUCUCUGCACCUCCUGCAAGAGCCUCAGCCCCCGGCGGAGGAAGAGGAAGAGGAAGACAGCUCUGGGCCAGGACUUUGCGAGCAUCAACUUUGGAAAGUUUGAGCCCGGCUCCAGCCCUGAGCUCGGGGGCUCAGCCGCUGCCGGAGCUCCGGCCCCGGGCUCGGCCCCGCAGCCCCCGGCUCCGGAGCUGGCGGGGAGCCCCUCGCCGGUCCCCCCCGGGGAGACGGGGAGGGAACCCCGGCGGGAGCACUUUGACCGCCUGAUCCGGCAAUCCAAGUUGUGGUGUUACGCCAAAGGGUUCAACCUGGACGGGAAAAGUUUGCGGCACGGAGGGAGGACGGAGCCCUGUAAAACCGCAGAGCUCAAAUCCCCCGGCUCCAAAAGAGCAGAGAGCCCCAGCACCUUGUCAAACAAAGCUUUGAGGGGCAAUGGCUCGGAAAGGAAUGCCAAGCGCAGACGCCUCGCCAGAGGCGCUGAGGCAGAAAGGCAACAGAGCUCCUCUAAAGGGAGGCCACAAAAGACUCCGAGGAGGAAUGCCAAAAAGGGAAACACUCAUUGCAAACGCCUCGGCAGCGCCGGGCCAACCCCGCCUCGGAAUUCCUUCAGCCUCAUGGGCAACUUCCCCUGUAUUCCCUCCCUGGUCGUGGGGGAAGAUGGGGACCUGUGUCCUGCCUCUUCCCUGGGGGUCAAAAACUCCUGGGCCCUCUCCAAAACUCACCCGUUGUGGAGCUGGCACCUGGGGGGCAACGCCAUCCCCGUGCCCCCCAGCCUCAAAUUCCGGGGCUAUAGCUUGGAGGAUCUCUAA